AUUCUGCUUCUCCUCCAUUUUACCCCUCUAGUUCCUCCACUAAGGGAAUCACUACAACGGACAAGAGAGAGUUGCAAACCGGGACAAGUAGCCGCAGUGCUCAGCCUUCUGUUUUAGGAGAUAGUUCUGCUACUGCACGAUCAACUGUAGUGGUGCAAGGGAAGAAUGUUGGUGAUUCUAUUAGCCUUGACAAGCUUAAUAUUGCUGAUCCUACUACUGCAGUAGCUGCGAAACCAUCAUCUGGUUUGCAGUUGCCUCCUGGCUCCUCAACAAUAAAUCCUACUCAAUCUCAGCCAUUGAGAGGCCAAGGAAGAGGAUUUAAUGCAAUGCCACUUGUAAACUACCAAUCUCCUGUAAUAAAUAACCAAUUCAACCGAGUUUCUCAGCCAAUAAACCUCUCCUCUACUCAUAGAAAUCCUGUUCAAAGUCGAGGACAACCUUCUUUCCAGGUUGCUGGUCAGCAGUUUGCUCAGCGAUCUGGUACUGGAUCUCAAGGUUCAUCUCCCCCAAAAACUGGACAGUCUAUUUCUGAAACUAGAGAGCUUGAAUCUUCUUUGGAUUCAAGUAAAUCAAAGAGUGCUAUGGUUGCAAAAGGAAAAGGCACUCUUCAGAGCACUGGAAGGGGAUCGGUUCUGCAUGGCGGAGCUCAGGUUAUGGGUGCACCUGGAAGUGUUGGUGGUGGCGAUCAGAACUUUCCUGCAACACCAACCUUUUUGCCAGUCAUGCAAUUCGGGGGACAGCACCGCGGUGGCAUUGGAGUUCCUGCUGUUGGCAUGGCCUUUCCUGGAUAUGUUGGUGGUGGUUUGGGGAAUUCUGAGAUGACAUGGUUGCCAGUUUUAGCUGGGGCUGCUGGAGCAUUAGGUGCAACAUACUGUUCGCCAUAUUUUGCUGUUGAUGGUGCUUAUAAUGCUCGCCCAUCUGGGCAAAUAUCUUCUCUCACUACUGCUCCAAGCAAAGAGAAUAAUGCCGGUAAACCAAAUAAUGAAUGCAAUCCCCAACAGAGACCAGAGCUCUCAAAUGAUGACUUAGGUCAGCGUCAGAAGAAUCCUCGCAGAUAUACAGAGAUGAAGUUUGAUCAGUGAGCUUGUUUGUAGGUUGAAGCUGUUUAAUAAGCAGAUUAAGGCAUUCUCCCAGACCCUAUGCUCUCCGACUGUUGAUGGAGUAUCUAGGGCUCUCAUGUGUUGUGAUGUAUUUUAGGUUUACAUGACAAACGCCUGCUCAUGCUGCUUCACUUGCAGGAUACCUGCAGCUUGACGGGUGGCAGUUAUUUGUUUAAAUAUGUGGUUCUUGUGGCUUGGUUUUCUUUAACUGAAGGAAUUGAGAAUUGUUGGUUGGUUUCUUCAAAUGAUAACGAAAUAAUGGUAAAAGUCCGGAAGCGGUUGCAGCUGUUUUCUUAUUAUGUGAAGUUCUCUUCUGAAUAGAUAUUCCUAGUGUCUUCCCAAAUUUUCCGUUAGUGGCCUUAAGUUACUACUUAUUUGGUGGAUACUUUCAGGGUGUUGUAGUUAAAUAUUAUGUUAACAAGAGAGCAUAGCUUGCUCAGAUUUUGAAUAAUAAAUUUUGUUACAAAGACUUAUUUCUCCAAUUUUAUGCACAUAUGGAAUUGA